CCCUCCUCUCGCUCCCGCACCCAAAACUUCGACACCAACGAUACUCCACACUCCCCCUGCCGCCGGGAUGACCGAGGACGUGCAAAUGGGCGAGCCUCAGGCAGCCCCUCCCCCCGCCGCCGCCGCGGCGGCACCGGCCCCCUCCACCCUCGAAUAUCUGAAGGAGAUCGCCGCGGUGAUCGAGGCGGGGUGGCUCUCGAAGGAGGUACGUCGGAUCUCCCGCGCCGUCCGCCUCACCGGUUUGGACGACACCACCACCAUGUCCACCCACGAAAGGAAGGCCAGGAUCAGCGAAUUCUAUGCCGUGAUAUUCCCCUCCCUCAUGCAACUGGAGCACGGGAUCAGCGACUCCGACGACCGGAGGCAGAGGGCGGUGUGCUCCGAGAGGUACAUGAGGAGAGACGAGCCGGAGGACAGCAAGAGGCCGGUCUCCGAGAUCGAUGCCGAGAUAGAAGAAGAGUGCGGGAUGUGCAUGGAGCUCAACAGCAGGGUCGUGCUGCCCAACUACAGCCACGACAUGUGCAUCAACUUCUACCGUCAAUGGAUUGGGUACAGCACGAUCACCGACGCAGAGGAGAAGGGGUUCAUCGUUCCACUCAAGAGUGUGCUGAUUGAGACAACCGGUGGCAACACAGGCAUUGGGCUGGCCUUCAUGGCUGCUGCCAAGGGUUACAGACUUGUACUCACAAUGCCCGCCUCCAUGAGUAUGGAGAGGAGAAUCAUCCUGAAGGCUUUUGGUGCUGAGCUGAUCCUCACAGACCCACUUUUGGGAAUGAAAGGAGUUGUCCAAAAGUCCGAAGAGCUGGCAAUAAAGACACCCAAUUCAUACAUCCUUCAGCAAUUCGAGAAUGCUGCUAACCCAAAGAUUCACUAUGAGACAACCGGACCUGAAAUCUGGAAAGGCACAGGAGGAAAGAUCGAUGGCCUUGUUUCUGGCAUUGGGAGAGGUGGUACCAUUACUGGAUCUGGAAAAUACCUCAAAGAGCAAAAUCCUAAUAUCAAGAGUAUGAAGUAUAGGAAGAGAUCACGGUCAAAGUCUAAAUGCACUCAUAGGAUCUGCAUAGGAUGUAUCCUCUACUCCUAUCUAUUUAUCAAUAGAAAUCUCUAUGCUUUUCAAGUGUUGUAAUUUGCUAGAGGUUGCUCUUUUCGCCUCUGCAUCACUAGCGUUGUUGCUCAAAACAUGUAAGUAGAGAUCAUUUGACCCAUUUGAAGAUCAAAUUUAUAAUUAGAUACCAUUCUUGAAGAUCUUCAUGAUUUAGAGUGUUAAAUUUGACAUGUUGAUGAUUUCAU